AUGGCGGAAGUUGGCCCAGAAACUAGCCCUAGUCCUUUCCACAUUGAAGCCAUAAUUCUGGCUAAAGAAGAAUCCACGACGUCUGAAAAACGAUUACAUGCCAGAUUUUUAAAAGAUGUCAAAAUUAAAGAGAGAGACUCGAAGCAACCGAUGGUUGCAAGGCCGGUGUGGCCGUAUGAAUACUGGCGCACCAACAACACAGACAGCAGUACUUGGGAUUUCAAUCCACAAACUCAACGUAGCGUGCCUUUAAACGCGACCAGUGAAAAUCAGGCCUCGCAAAAAGGAGACUGGGAUCAUUUUAGUUUGCUAGAGACCAAACAAAACGAAUUAAACCCGGCAACAUAUGAAGCUAACACCGCGAAGGAAUCCUCGCCCGAGCACUCCUCAGAUGGAAUGAAUGAUUCCAUCCAAAGAGCAAUUAACCUGCUAUCCGACCUGCAAGACUUAGUAUCAGUAGCUCUUAAGAUUUACAGUGAGGCAGGAGAAAAAGAUUUAACAGUGAAUGAAGGUGAAAACAGCUGUGAAAAGACACAAGCAACACUGACAAAAGGAAAUCCCGACAUAUCGAAACCGGAAGUAAUGGAUGAACACCAACAAAGAGAAACCAAGGAGAAUGAUCAGUUUCCAGGUAUCACGCCAGAUAACACUCUCAGUUUUAAUUUAAAUUCAAACAGCAAGGCAUUCAAGGGUUCAGAAGAACAAAGAAGUAACAGUCCAACAGAGGAGUCAAACAGACAAAGCAAAGAAAUAGUAGCCAAGGAUCUUACUCUGAAGAACACUUCUUUCGCUGGGGAGUGUGAAGUUCCGCUUGCAGCAGAAGAAUCUGAGACGGAACAGAGCUCUGAAGGUGGAAAUGCAAAGGAAGACCUUGAUACACUUGACUGUAUUAACAAGGACACUUGCAUCAACGAAGAAGUGCGAUCCGAAGAAACUCUAGUGGAAACAAAGAUUGGUUUAAAGGGAAAAGGAGGAGCAGAUGACUCUAAAGAGAGGCAACCCACAAUUGUUGAAUCAGAGCAAGACACAGCGGACAGAUAUGUGAAUAAAACCCUUAAAUGUGAUACAGAGAUUAGCACACCUGAGAUACCUCAUUUUAAAAGUGAAUUGCAACUUCCAGUUUCACAACAUUCUGUAUUACACAAUUUCAUCCAAAAAUGGUUACCAAGAAUCAGCAUUGAUGAGGCCACUAGUAAAUACAUCAGACAUUUAGUAAGAAGUUUAAUGGACGAAACCAUCCUUGAACUGCAGGAAACAUGCCCUAUAUUCUCCAAUUGCUACAUCAUAGAAACCGGAAGUAUGGCAGAGGGUACCAAGAUAGGCCACCCUGAUGAGUUCGAUGUCAAUGUUGCCCUUCCUGUGCUGGCUGAUCCACAUAUGGCAGAACUAUUGUAUAUCAAACUUGGAGUACAAACACGGCUUCAUCAACAAAUGUCUGACAUGGUUCUUUCUUUCCUGAGCCAGUUUUCUUUUGUGGAUACUUCUUAUGGCAAAUUGCUUACAAAUGCUUUUCUCCUCCAGGUUUUCCGUGACACUUUAAGGAAACAUUUACCAGUGGAAUGGGAAAUGUUACAGGAAAGUGACAUGCACAUGAUGAGGGUAUUUCUAAAGAAUCAGACUUUAACCAUUCAUCUACAAUGUACUUCUGGACCACAUUCAGGUUUUACCCUGUCUAUUGAUGUAUGUUUUGGGAUUCCUCUUAACACCGAGCGACUUCAGACUGUCCUUGUUGGUGACGUUUUUCACGCUGUUCAUCUUUCCCACAUUCAGAGUGAGUGUAUGCGACUGAACACAGGAGUCGUUGCAGUUAUCAGUCGAAACCCUUUGGUUGGACAACGUUUCUUUUAUAAUACAGAGCUGUGCAGAUUUCACUGCAACAAUUUUGUUGUAGACUGUUACAAACUUUCAAAACAUGUAGCAAACAUGUUUCUUCCAAAAAUCAAGAAAAACAAUUGUACUUUAUGUGAGGACACCUUGAUCCCUUCCUUUUACUUGAAAACUGCAGUAGUUUUUAUGAUGGAUGUCUACACUGAGGAAUAUGACUGGUCUGGCGUUCAGCUUGGAAACAGACUGAUAGAAAUAUUUGAAAUUUUAUACCGUUGUUUCUUAAACCAAUAUUUAGCUUACUACAGCUAUCCAAAUAAUGGUCUACAGCAAGAGAGGGCAAUGAAAUAUAAUCCAACAGAUGGCAGCCUAAAGGUAGGGAUUGGCUUGGAUGGUGACAAACCUUGCGCUAUCCCAUGUUUGGAAGACCUUAAUUUUGCAUCGUCUCACAGAGACAUAACCAUUGCUGUUGAAAACUACUGGAGAUACAUGCAAAGUGAAGAAUGGACAGUCUGUGACCUGCUACACAAACUAACUGAGGUCCUCUAUGUCUUCAAAUUUACAGAAUAA